UGCUGCUGCAGCUGCCUGUUUUCUUCCCAGGAGCCCUGGCUGAGCAGCUGCUGCUUCCCUCCUCUCCUCUCUACAGUAUCUGCCUUAUUUAAAGACCCUUCUGUUACUAGCCAAGCUGGAGACUGCCUCAGGCUGUAACUAGCCUCCUGGGGAAGCCCCAGACUCUGCGAACGCUAACUCCUGAGCCGGAGACUCCAGAUGAAAUGUCCCCUCAGCAAAGAGAGGGGCUGAGUUUUAAACCUUUGGAGAGAUCUGCAUAGCAAAUCCUUGGUGAAGAUGUGACAACCCCAGUCUUGCCCAUUUCUCCUCCUCUGAGCAGGAUUUCCCAUUCCCAAACAAGACAUGAUCUCCAGCCAGGAACGAGAGGAAGAGCCUAAUCUCCAGAGCUGCGAUGAAAAGGAGAUGCUGAGUGGCACCUGUGCAGGUGAUGGGAUUAUGAGUGAGAAUGAGGAGUAUGCCUACCAGGAAGGUCCUGAGUUAAUGGAACCAUGUGGCACAUUAUCAGGAAUAUCCCAAAGGAAUAUUUCCCAGAGCCCUGAGCAGAGCAAAGCCUGUGAGGUUCAGCACAGAUCAGAAAGGCAUCAGACAACUGCUCCAGAGAAGAGACAAGGUAAAUCAACUGCUUGUGAAAGAGGUUUCAGGAAACUGCCAAACAUUGACCAGCUGGGAAACCCCACUAUGGGGAGAUCAGCAAUAUGUGAUGACUGUGGGAAAAGCUUCAGGGUGAGCUCAAACCUCAGACAGCAUCAGAGAAUCCACACUGGAGAGAAACCCUUUGGAUGUGCCGAGUGUGGGGAAAGCUUCCGGCAGCGCUCGCACCUUAUUCAGCAUCAGACAAAACACACAGGGGAGAGACCUUAUGAAUGUACCGAGUGUGGGAAAAGCUUCACAGUGAGCUCAAACCUUAUUCGUCAUCAGAUAAUCCACACUGGAGAAAAACCAUAUAAAUGUGCCGAGUGUAGGAAGAGCUUUAGUGGGAACUCACAGCUUAUCCAGCACCAGAGAAUCCACACAGGUGAGAAACCCUAUGAAUGUGGUGACUGUGGGAAGAGCUUCAGUGUGAGCUCAGCCCUUACUCGUCAUCAGCGAACCCACACUGGAGAGAAACCUUAUGAAUGCACCGUGUGUGGGAAAAGCUUCAGUCAGAGUUCAGACCUUAUGAAACAUCAGAGAAUUCACACAGGAGAGAGGCCCUACGAAUGCACUAACUGUGGGAAGAGCUUCUGUGUGAGCUCUCAUCUUAUUCAACACCAGAGAAUCCACACAGGAGAACGCCCCUAUGAGUGUGCCGAUUGUGGGAAAAGCUUCAGUCAGAGCUCAGACCUUAUGAAACAUCAGAGGAUCCACACAAGGGAGAGACCAUAUGAAUGUGUUGAGUGUGGAAAGAGCUUUAGUUGGAGCUCAGCACUUAUCAAACAUAGCAGAAUCCACACAGGGGAGAGACCCUAUGAAUGCGCAGGGUGUGGGAAAAGCUUCAGUCAGAGCUCGCACCUCGUUCAGCAUCAGAGAAUCCACAUGGGAGGGAAUCCCUGAGACUGGGAUGAGAAUGGGGAAGGCUUUGUGUCAGAUAUCCCUCCCAACGGAUAGAAGCCAAGUGUGUUUCUUUGGGCCUGUAAGGCUCUGACCUGUUCAUAGAGAACGAGAAGCGGAUUGUUGAGGAUGGAGUGUAGUUAGACAAAGAGGAAAGGUUGGUGCAGUGAGAUGAGUCAUAUAGAGGAAUGUGUGAUGGGAGCCAGAGGAGUAACCAGGAGAUGCUGGAGGGAGUGGAUCAUUUGGGGAGGGAGGGGGACCUGGUAGUGUAAUUAGGUGGAAGUCACUUUGACAGGGUAUUAAUAAAUGAAUUUAGAAGGAAAGGUAAAAUUACCCAUUUCUCUGUGCACAGGGUGGGCUUCAGACAAGUUAUAGUGGGAAUUUCACAGUCAAGUGGGGACUUUAUAGGGACUGCAUGGCAUAUUGCUGUGGGAUGGAAUGAAACCUACUCCUGGCUCCAGUAGGGAGUUGUCUUCUGGAGGGAAGAGUGGGGUGCAAAGAUUCUUUCCCAGCUCUGCCACUUACUUGUUCUACGACUUUAGGUAACUCACUCCACUUCUCCAUGCCUUUGUUUUCCUAUUUGUAAAACUGGGAUAAGAAUCCUCGCCUCACAUACUAUUUAAUAUAGACUUACAGAGUCAUAAGAAUUGGGGCCACAUUAAAUUCUGCACAAAAAGGAACAGAAUUGUCCCUGCCCAGAGGAAUUUAUAUAGUCUAAGAAACUAGAUUCUUUUUCUAGGAUUCUCUUCUCUUUGUUUAUAGAUGUUGGGGGGGAGGGGGAGGGUUGAGACCUUUUUCGCUUGUUUUUUUUUUAAACUUAGUUUGACCUCAGUCUUGUUACUUAGGUUUUCAUACUUGCCGUACAGCAAACCUAUGCUGAGUUCAUUAGACUCAAGCAAAUGGAGUGACUAUAGGACAUACCACACAUUUAAAAUUACACAUCAAACCUCUUUUAUAUACAAGUACACAUUACAUUACAUUUACUAUACGUUGCAUUACAUGUUUUGAGAUUGGCUUGGUUACUUUGUAGGAACCUAUCCCUGUGCAGGGCCAGCUUUAUGCUGAUUCCACUGAUUCCCUGGAAUCGGGCUCCAUGCUGAAGAGGGCCCUGCACCCAUGCCUAAACGGGCCCCGUUCCGGGGGUCUUCGGCGGCAUUUUGGUGGUGGGGAGUCCUUCAGUGCCGCGGAAGACUCGGAGUGGACCCCCCACCACCGAAAUGCUGCUGAAGCCCCGGACUGCCGCCGAGUAUUCCAGUCGAGCGCCGUGGGUCAUAAAGCCGGACCUGCAGGGAAAGGCAAACUUUUUGGUCCGAGGGCCACAUCUGGGUAUAGAAAUUGUAUGGCGGGCCAUGAACGCUCACAAAAUUGGGGUUGGGGUGCGGGAAGGGGUCAGGGGCUCUGGCUGGGGGUGCGGGCUCCAGGGUGGGACCAGAAAUAAAGAGUUCAGGAUGCGGGAGGGGGCUCUGGGCUGGGGUAGAUAGAGGGUUCAGAGGAGUGAGGGCUCUGGCUGGGGGUGCAGGGCUGAGGAUGAGGAGUUUGGGGUGUAGGAGGGUGUUCUGGGCUGGGACCGAAGUGUUCAGAGGGUGGGAGGGGGAUCGGGGCUGAGGCAGGGGGUUGGUGCACCUUAGGGGGGAGACAAGGGCUCUGGCUGGGGGUGCAGGCUCUGGGGUGGGUCUGGAGAUGAGGGGUUUUGGGUGCAGGAGGGUUCUCCAGGCUUGGAUCGAGGGGUUUGGAGGAUGGGAGGGGGAUCAGGGCUGAGGGGUGGCUCAGGGGUGCAGGCUCUUGUUGGCGCUUACCUCAAGCGGCUUCCUGAAGCAGUGGCAUGUCCCCCCUCUGGCUACUACACAGAGGCAAGGCCAGGGUGCUCUGCCGCGCACUGUCCUGUCUGUAGGCGCUGCCCCUGCAGCUCCCAUUGGCUUUGGGGGCGGUGCUUGGGCCAGUGGCAAUGUGCAGAGCGGAGCCGCCUGGUUGCCCCUAUGGGUAGGAGCCGGAGGGGGGACAUGCCGCUGCUUCUGGGAGCUGCAUGAAAGAAGGAAAACAAACUUUUUUCUUUUUCUCUUUUUUUUUUUUUUUUUUUUUUACACUGUAUGGGUUGCAGUGCUUUUGCAUUUAAUUUUAUGGUAUUGGACUCUUGUUAAUUUUUUUUAUUUUGCACUAACUGGAGUUACCUUUUUGUACUACAUGUUUAAUUUUUUUGUGGUGAUAAGAGGACAAGUGGGUUUUUUUGUUUUGUUUUUGCUUUGUAUUACUUAAGGCUGCUUUUACUUUGUAUAUUAUGUAUUUUUUUAAAAUAAUACGUGUUAUUAUUAGAAUAUAUUCACUUAAUUUUAUAUUUUAAAGCAAUUACAACAUUAGUGAAUGGUUCCCAUGGGUGUUCCCCUUUAUCUUUGCUAGUACAUUCUGUUUCCAGCCUGUUAAUUCAUUCCUCCCUAAUCCUGUCUUCCCAAAAAUAAGACCCCAUGAAUGUCUAAUUACUCAUGUUAGGCCAGGCCUACAGUAAGGUGAGUCUCAGCUUCCUUAUUACUGAGAUUUUUCUUGGAGCUUUGAGAUUGGGACUAGACUUCUUUUCCUUUUUCUCUAGGCUGAGGUGAACUUUCUGAAAAUGUGGCUUUAGAGAGCAUCAGAGUUUAACUCUAGCUUCAUAAAACAGUAUUUAACCUUUAUUAAAAUUCCUAAUAAAAACUUGUUUUAAAAACUCCUUUGUGUCCUCCAGUUUCCUGGAAAUGGUUUUCAGUACCUGAGAUGUUUGCGACAGGUUCUUGAGGUGACAAAUUUCCCCCAUACUCAUUUAUCUCUCCACCAUCAGGAAUCAGGGGUAUGUGUGCACUAAACAGCUUGCUCAGACCCUGGCU